AUGACCGACUCAAAGUAUUUCACCACAACUAAAAAAGGGGAGAUCUUCGAGCUGAAGGCAGAGCUCAACAGCGACAAGAAGGAGAAGAAGAAGGAGGCGGUGAAGAAAGUGAUUGCGUCCAUGACAGUGGGCAAGGAUGUCAGCGCCCUCUUCCCUGAUGUGGUAAACUGUAUGCAGACGGACAACCUGGAGCUGAAGAAGCUGGUGUACCUGUACUUGAUGAAUUAUGCCAAGAGUCAGCCUGACAUGGCCAUCAUGGCUGUCAACACCUUUGUGAAGGACUGUGAGGACCCCAACCCCCUGAUCCGCGCCCUGGCCGUGCGGACCAUGGGCUGCAUCCGCGUUGACAAGAUCACCGAGUACCUGUGCGAGCCACUCCGGAAGUGCCUGAAGGACGAGGACCCGUAUGUUCGCAAGACAGCGGCCGUGUGUGUGGCCAAGCUCCACGAUAUCAACGCCCAGCUGGUGGAGGACCAGGGCUUCUUGGACACGCUUAAAGACCUCAUCUCCGACUCAAACCCCAUGGUGGUAGCAAACGCAGUAGCUGCCCUCUCGGAGAUUGCCGAGUCUCACCCCAGCAGCAACCUCCUCGACCUGAACCCUCAGUCCAUUAACAAGCUGCUGACAGCCCUGAACGAGUGCACCGAAUGGGGCCAGAUCUUCAUCCUGGACUGCCUGGCCAACUACACGCCCAAGGACGACCGAGAGGCCCAGAGUAUCUGUGAGCGGGUCACCCCGCGGCUCUCCCACGCCAACUCUGCCGUGGUGCUGUCCGCCGUGAAGGUGCUGAUGAAGUUCAUGGAGAUGCUGUCCAAGGACCUGGACUACUACGGCACGCUGCUCAAGAAGCUGGCCCCGCCCCUGGUCACGCUGCUGUCCGCUGAGCCCGAGCUGCAGUACGUGGCCCUGCGCAACAUCAACCUCAUCGUACAGAAAAGGCCCGAGAUCCUGAAGCACGAGAUGAAAGUGUUUUUUGUGAAGUACAACGACCCCAUCUACGUGAAGCUGGAGAAGCUGGACAUCAUGAUCCGCCUGGCCUCCCAGGCCAACAUCGCCCAGGUCUUGGCAGAGCUUAAAGAGUAUGCGACAGAGGUGGACGUAGACUUCGUACGGAAGGCCGUGCGAGCCAUUGGCCGCUGCGCCAUCAAGGUGGAGCAAUCUGCGGAGCGCUGUGUGAGCACGCUGCUCGAUCUCAUCCAGACCAAGGUGAACUACGUGGUCCAGGAAGCCAUCGUGGUCAUCAAGGACAUCUUCCGCAAAUACCCCAACAAGUACGAGAGCGUGAUCGCCACCCUGUGCGAGAACCUGGACUCCCUGGAUGAGCCCGAGGCCCGGGCUGCCAUGAUCUGGAUCGUGGGCGAGUAUGCCGAGCGGAUUGACAAUGCGGACGAGCUGCUGGAGAGCUUCCUCGAGGGCUUCCAUGACGAGAGCACCCAGGUGCAGCUGCAGCUGCUGACAGCCAUAGUGAAACUCUUUCUGAAGAAGCCAACAGAGACCCAGGAGCUGGUGCAGCAGGUGCUCAGCUUGGCCACUCAGGACUCAGACAACCCCGACCUGCGGGACCGGGGCUACAUCUACUGGCGCCUGCUCUCCACGGACCCAGUGGCUGCCAAGGAGGUGGUGCUGGCCGAGAAGCCGCUCAUCUCCGAGGAGACGGACCUCAUCGAGCCCACGCUGCUGGACGAGCUCAUCUGCCACAUCGGCACGCUGGCUUCCGUCUACCACAAGCCGCCCAGCGCCUUUGUGGAGGGUGGCCGGGGCGUGGUGCACAAGAGCCUGCCGCCCCGCACCGCCUCGAACGAGAGCACAGAGAGCCCUGAGACCGCCCCUGCUGGAGCGCCCUCUGGUGAGCAGCCGGAUGUCAUUCCCUCCCAGGGGGACCUGCUGGGUGACCUCCUCAACCUGGACCUCGGCCCCCCAGUGAGCGGCCCACCCCUGGCCACCUCCUCGGUGCAGAUGGGAGCUGUGGACCUUCUCGGUGGCGGCCUUGACAGCCUGAUCGGGGCCCCCAACUUCGUGACACCUCCAGCAGCGACAGUACCAGCUAACCUCGGCGCACCCAUGGGCAGUGGCCUGAGUGACCUCUUUGACCUGACCAGUGGCGUGGGUGCCCUGUCAGGAUCCUAUGUGGCCCCCAAAACAAUCUGGCUCCCCGCCAUGAAAGCCAAGGGGCUGGAGAUCUUGGGCACCUUCACCCGCCAGGUGGGCUCCAUCUCCAUGGACCUGCAGCUGACCAACAAGGCCCUGCAGGUCAUGACCGACUUCGCCAUCCAGUUCAACCGCAACAGCUUCGGCCUGGCCCCCGCUGCUCCCCUCCAGGUCCACGCACCGCUCAGCCCCAACCAGACCGUGGAGAUCUCCCUGCCUCUCAACACGGUGGGCUCCGUCAUGAAGAUGGAGCCUCUGAACAACCUGCAGGUGGCUGUGAAGAACAACAUUGACGUCUUCUACUUCAGCACCUUGUACCCGCUGCACAUCCUCUUCGUGGAGGACGGGAAGAUGGAUCGGCAGGUUUUCCUGGCCACGUGGAAGGACAUUCCCAAUGAGAACGAAGCCCAGUUCCAGAUCAGAGACUGUCCCCUCAAUGCAGAGGCAGUGAGCAGCAGGCUGCAGAGCAGCAACAUCUUCACGGUGGCCAAGAGGACGGUGGAGGGGCAGGACAUGCUCUACCAGUCCCUGAAGCUGACCAACGGCAUCUGGGUGCUGGCGGAGCUGCGCAUCCAGCCCGGCAACCCCAGCUUCACGCUGUCCCUGAAGUGCCGAGCGCCCGAGGUGUCCCAGCACGUGUACCAGGCCUACGAGACCAUCCUCAAGAACUGA